AAUAUUGUAUAGAAAACUCGGGAGCGAGUCCGAGCUACUAUAUACGUUAGGUUAGAUCGUUGCUGAUCGCUGAUAAUUACAAUCCGAGUGCCACCUAGCGGGCACUGGCAGUUCUCGACGAUCUGCCAGAGCGUUAGCAUCAUCUCUAUCUAUCGAUGGCUCACUGCACGCCGGGUGUACGGAGUUCAAGUCCUCCCUUGUACGUGCCCUGUGUGACCUUUGCCCCGGAACAGAAUGGGUUGGUGGAGCAACGGAUUGGACCCCUCAUAGCUGAACAUCACGCACAAAGACGCCUCUUCUAUGGCAUGGAGAUAUUACCUCGAAGCAGAGGCAAACCCGUAUGCCUGGAUUUCAAUCGAUUCCUGCCGAUACUACCCAUGUUUGUGAGCAUGACCUGGCUGGGUACAAACUACUGGGAUGUGGAGCCCAUAGAUCAGGUGGAUAGCCUCCAGUUGGCCAGGCAUCUUGCUCCUAGAAUUCCCGUAAUGCCACACUUGACUGCCUAUCGAUUGACUGAUGAACGGUUGGAUCAGUUCCUGGAUUUGAGUUUUAAAAAUAUGUUGGCGUUGCGGGGAGAUUUGAUGUUUUCAGGGCAGCGAUUUCCACAUAGUAAAUCCAUUGUUGAGAGGGCCAAAAACAGGUCAGGCGAUAAAAUAUCAAUCUGCGUGGGUGGAUUUCCAGAGGGUUACAACAUAACGGAAGGACAAGCUCCAGAUCUAACGAAGCACAUACAGUUCCUGAAAGAAAAGGUAUCUGCUGGAGUGGAUUGCAUUAUCACACAGGUAUGCUAUCGACCUGAGGUCAUUAUCCAAUUCGUGAAAGAAGUUCGGGCAGCUGGCAUUACGGCUCCGAUUAUGAUUGGAAUUAUGACUCACCAGACCUUCCACAAAUAUACCUUUAUAGAGAAAAUAACUUCAGCUAAAUUACCGUCACUUUUGCGACAAGAGCUGGUUCAAUUACAAACUGAACCUGAGGCAGAUGAACAUUUAACUAGAACAUUUUUUGUUCAUCACAAUGUGCAUAUAAUUAAAAGUAUUCUGGAGGCUGAUUUAAAUAUCUAUGGCUUCCAAUUCUUUACUUUGAAUCACUUUGAAGCUGUUGAAGCUUUGCUAAAGGAACUUCAUCUUCAAAAUCUAUUCAGUGAUAAAGAAAAAGAGCUACAAAAUUCCAAUAAAGUGUUAUUUGAAAAAUGAAA